AUGAACGUCCAGUUUAUCAAUAACUUGUCUAACGAGGCAGAGAAUAAUGUCGACCAUGUCAGCCAUGAUCAUACCCAUGGAUCUCAUACCCAUGGCGGACCUGGAGACCAUGGACAUACCCACGAACACAUGGAAAAUGCAGGGAAAUAUUCAGAACGCGACCUCCCUGACUAUUCUUCUCGGAACUUUGAAGAAAGAGGCUUCACGGUUGGAAUUGGAGGGCCUGUAGGCUCAGGAAAAACAGCAUUGACACUCGAACUUUGCCGGAGACUCAGGAAGGAGUUUAACAUCGCCACGGUCACUAACGAUAUUUUUACUCGGGAGGAUCAAGAGUUUUUGAUCAAGAAUAAGGCCCUCCCAACGGAACGCAUCUUGGCUAUUGAGACAGGAGGGUGUCCUCACGCAGCCAUCAGAGAAGAUAUCAGUGCAAACAUGGGCGCAUUGGAGACCCUUCAAGCCAAAUUCGAAUGUCAGCUGCUUUUUGUGGAGAGUGGGGGCGACAAUUUAGCUGCAAAUUAUUCACGCGAAUUGGCCGAUUAUAUUAUCUAUGUGAUUGAUGUCGCUGGAGGUGAUAAAAUUCCUCGCAAAGGUGGUCCUGGAAUUUCUCAAUCCGAUCUGCUCGUGAUCAAUAAGAUUGACCUAGCUCCUCAUGUCGGCGCAUCUCUUGAUGUUAUGGACAGAGACGCGAAGCUGAUGCGAGGUGAUGGCCCGACAGUAUUUACAUCUGUCAGACAAGGUCAAGGGGUUGAAGAUGUCGUGGCGCUAAUUCUUGCUGCCUGGCGUCAAGCUGGGAGUCCCGGAAAAAAUGUAGCUGUCGGAGAGCUCUAA